AUGUUUCGCUGCACAUGCGCAACCAGGGCCUUGGAAAGCUUCGUGAAAGACUUUGCUGGAAUCAAUCUGCACAGGCAGCAACGCGCCCAACAAUUCUUUCAACAAGCGAGGACUUUUGGCCGAAGGGCUUCGUUAUGGCAACAGACAGAUGCGUCGAAAGGCGAUGCUGCCGGCGACAGUGAUGGCUGGAUACCCUUCGAUGGUGGUAGGGGCGGAGAGAAGGACGAGAGUGUCGUGACACUCUCCCCGAGAGAUCUGAAUAACACUCCGCAGGAGGCAAAGAAUACAGUAGAGAGCGAGGAAUGGCAUGCUGAGGUUCAGAUUACGGACCCCGAGGCUCUGGCAACACGACACGAAGAGGACACGGUUGAUAGAGUGACAUUGCGGAGUCUGUCUGCGAAUGCAGGAAGCGAAGGCGCUCUGCAACGAGUGCGUGUGCUGGAACUUCCCGCCAUAUCGCAACACUUUGCUCCUCGAGAAUCGCAGGCCGUCACUGUUCCAGAGGAGGCAACUCCACAACAAGCGACAAAGCCUACAGUGCAAGCGGAGCCUAGGACAAGAGCCGAAAGUCGUUAUGUGAGGCGUCUGAGAAGGAUACAGGACGGAAAAUUCAUGCAGUUGGCCAUGGCUCGCCAUUUGGGGAAACAAUGUCAAGACCAGGCGCGUGAAGCUGAGAAUGGCCCUCAGGAGGAAAGUUGGCACGAAGGCGCAAGGAGCAAGAUUGAAGGGCCACAGGAGCAUAUUGGUGGAAAGAAGGAGAAGGGGAAGAACGCUCGGAAGAGGGAACGAAGAGCAAGAGAAGCAGAAGAAGUGAGAGAAACAAGCGAAGCGGACCCUUCCAAAGACGAGAACAAACUGGACAGGUCCGCGGCUUCUCCGGCCAGCAAGAAGGAAAAGACCGGCAAAGCUGUCGUACCAGAACCGAAACCAGCAGCGGCCAAGAAGAAACCCUCCACGACACCCAAGGGACCACAACAACAACCACCCCCAACAAAACAACAAUCACAACCCUCGAGAUUGAAAAAAGAACCCUGGCAAGUCCAAAAAGCAGCCCUCACCCGCAAAUUCGGCGAACAAGGCUGGAGCCCCCGAAAGCGCGUCUCCCCAGACACCCUAGAAGGCAUCCGCGCCCUUCACGCUUCCGAUCCAUCUACCUAUUCCACCGAAACCCUCUCCAACCAUUUCCAAAUCUCCGCGGACGCAAUCCGUCGGAUUCUGAAGUCGAAGUGGAAACCUAAGCCGGAGGAGAUAGAGGAGAGGGCGAAGAGGUGGGAGAAGAGGGGGGUGAAGAAGUGGGCGGAGAUGAGUGAGAAGAUGGGUACGAAGCCGCCGAAGAAGUGGAGGGAAUUGGGGGUGGAGAAUGUGGCGUUGCGGAGGAGGUUGGAGAGGAAGCCUUUUGAGCAGGAGAGGCAGAGGAGGAGUAAGAUGCAGGAGGCGAGGGAUAAUGCGGAUCGGUUGCCUAUGGAAGGAUCUUUCGCGGAGAGGAUUUUGUAA